GGCAGAGGCGCCAUUUUGCGCUGCCGCCGCUGCCUGUAGGACGGGUGUGGAGGCUCUGCGGGGAGGGAGGCAGGAAGGAGGCCGCUGCCUGGGACUCGCGUCCCCGUUCGCUGAGCGCAGCAACCAGCACCCCGCCGCCAUGAGCGACGUGGAGGAGAAUAACUUCGAGGGGAGGGAGUCUCGCUCCCAGUCAAAAUCUCCAGCUGGGAGUCCUGCUCGUGUAAAAUCGGAGAGCAGGUCAGGAUCUCGUAGUCCAUCGAGGGCUUCCAAACAUUCUGAAUCGCACUCUCGGUCAAGGUCAAAAUCCAGGUCCAGAUCGAGAAGACAUUCUCACAGACGUUACACUCGCUCCAGGUCCCAUUCUCAUUCUCAUUCCCAUAGGAGACGAUCUCGAAGCAGAUCGUACACACCCGAAUAUCGUCGCCGAAGGAGCCGCAGUCAUUCUCCAAUGUCUAACCGAAGAAGGCACACUGGCAGCAGAGCUAAUCCAGAUCCUAACACAUGCCUUGGAGUGUUUGGCCUCAGUUUGUAUACCACUGAGCGAGACUUGCGUGAAGUCUUUUCCCGUUAUGGACCUUUGAGUGGCGUCAAUGUGGUUUAUGAUCAGCGUACUGGACGAUCAAGAGGAUUCGCUUUUGUUUAUUUUGAGAGAAUAGAUGAUUCUAAAGAGGCGAUGGAACAUGCAAAUGGCAUGGAACUGGACGGCAGGAGGAUCCGCGUGGAUUACUCCAUCACCAAGAGAGCGCACACUCCCACCCCAGGCAUCUACAUGGGCAGGCCAACCCACAGUGGAGGUGGCGGUGGCGGUGGUGGUGGAGGAGCAGGUCGUCGUCGUGAUUCCUACUAUGAUAGGGGAUAUGAUAGAGGAUAUGACAGAUAUGAAGAAUAUGACUACCGGUACAGGAGACGAUCACCUUCACCUUAUUAUAGCCGAUAUCGAUCACGGUCAAGAUCCCGCUCCUAUAGCCCAAGACGCUACUGAAGAAUGGAAGAAUUCCAGUUGUGGACACGAUUUUUAAAUAAAGUUCUGCCCUUAGCUUCCCUUUGGUCUCCCCCUCUUUUCCCCUCAAAUCUCUUAUAAGAUCUUUGGUUCAUUUAGAAGAUACAUCUUUUCAGUUGAAGUAUUGCUGUUUUCCACCCCCUUUUAGUGUAAUACUCUUAAAAUUGUAAUUGUUGUAGUUUUGUGUAGUUAAACAUCUUAAGCAAAACUAAAUAGAAAUCCCAAAGUGGUGUUACAUUUUGUAAGUCAUUCUGUUUUUGUUUUUAAAACAAUUGUACUCCUGGCUAAUCUAAUGAGGAGAGGAGAGCAUUGAUGUUUUUUAAAGCUUGCAUGUUGUGUGUAAUAUACACAUUCAAGUACUUUAAUAUAAACCUGUGUUUCCAAAAAAAAUUGUUAAUCUUUCUGUUAAUGCUUGGUUAUUAAUUUUGAAAAAUAAGCAACAUCUCUGAACCUUUUCUGUAAUGGCAAAUUUCACUAGAUAGUCAUGAACCCAACGGGUUUUUUGGUUAAAUUGCUUUGAGUGUAGAAUAUUAGAGUUAUAGCAAAUUUUCAUAUUUGGUUUAACUUCUUUGGAAAAACAGAUUCUUAUACACUGAAGAUAAAGGUUGUGUUUUAUAGAUGAAAAGUUCUAGACUGCUGCACAAGUUAAAACCAUAAAUAUCUAACUCAUUUUUUUUAAUUGAACUCUAAGUAGUGUGUCCCCUUAAUCAGUGCAGGAGAAAAAAUAUUUAUUGAACAUAGCAAUUAGUUAUAUAAUUGCUGUUCAUACAAACUCAUGUUGGUAUUGCAAUGAUGGUUAAGGAAGUUCUAGUUUCCAGUCCUUUUGAAGUUUCUGGUAUGGAUAGAAAAAUUACAGUUACAUAUUAACCUCUUCCUCCUCAAAAUAAAGUUAAUUACACAAAUGGA